GAGGAGGAGGAGGGCGCGCUGGCGCUCGCGGAGGCCGCUGCUGCAGGCGCGCUGUCGCUGCCGGCCGCGGAGGUGGUGGCGAUCCUGCAUCGCGACCCACGGGACAUUGUAGUGUGCCUGUCGCACCGGGACGAAGUGGCGCUACGAGCCCGCAUGCAGCAGCAGCAGGGGGCAGCUGUUGACGGCGGAGGCGGAGGCGGGCCCCAGCAGCCUCAGCGGCGGUCCGAGCUGCUGCUGUGUUUGCCGCUGGACCGGCGGCUGCCCCCCGUGGCGGUGGUGACGCGGCAGGGCGGGGCGCUGCUGGGCUGCCGCUUCGUGGUGCGGGUGGAUGCAUGGGAGCGACACAGCAGGUACCCUCGCGGCCACAUGACUCGGGUGCUGGGUCGGCUGAAUGACCUGCGUGCGGAGAGCGAGGCGGUGCUGGUGCAGUGCGGCAUCGUGAACAAGCCCUUCUGCGAGGCCGCCCUAGCCGAGCUGCCCCGCAUCUCCCACCCCUCCGACUGGCGGGUGCCCCCCGCCGAGCGAGCCGCGCGCCGCGACCUCACCGGCCCCGACUUCUUCGUGGUGAGCAUCGACCCGGUGGGCUGCACGGAUGUGGACGACGCCAUGCACGUGCGCUUCCUGGAGGAUCCCACCACCACCCCUGCUACUACCUCCUCUGCCUCCUCCUCCUUCUCUACCGUUCCUGGGGUUGCUGCUACCGCUGCUAUUAGUAACAUUACUACUGCGGCUGCUGCUGCUACUGUUGGCAAGGACAGCCGCCUUGUUGAUGCCGACACGGGUGCCGGCGGUGUCAGCAGCAGCAGCAGCAGCAGCCCCGGCAGCAGCCAGCUGGUGGAGGUGGGUGUGCACAUCGCGGACGUGAGCUGGUUCGUGCCCCCGGGCGGCAUGCUGGACGGCGAGGCGCGCGAGCGGGCCACCAGCGUGUACCUGGUGGACCGGCGGCUGGACAUGCUGCCGGGGCUGCUGUCGGAGCAGCUGGCGUCGCUGCGGGAGGGGGUGGAGCGGCUGGCGGUGAGCGUGGUGUGGACGCUGAGGAGGAGCAGGAGGAGCGGGAGCGGGAGCGGG